AUUACCCUAAAGGUCGUUUGAAAAAGAAAAUUGUAAAUUAAAUAUAAAAGAAACAAAAAGAAAUACUUUUAUCUGAAUAUUUUUAAUGGACAAAUAUUCGACAAAAUUAAAUGAUUCGAAAUUUAUACGAAUUUAGUUUAUAUCAACUGUCCAUAAAUUAUAACCUAACAUGUUGAAGGUAAAGGGCCAGUUAAAGUUUGAGGACAAAUGGCCUCAAAUGGGCCCUAUAGUUUUAAAACUACUUAAGCAAGAACCAGUUUCUCCAUCAGAAUGGCAAGAGCUCUUUUAUGAUGUUCAUUUAGUAUGUCUUUGGGAUGAAAAGGGACCUGCCAAACUCAGAGAUCACUUACAUGAGGAUAUAGUCCAGUUUAUUAAACAGGCUCAAUCAAGAGUUCUAGCCCACAGGCAAGAGGAGGCUCUUUUGAAAGCCUACAUUGCAGAAUGGAGGAAGUUUUUUACACAAUGUAAUUAUUUGCCUACACCCUUUAGACAACUUGAAACCAGUUUACAGGGUAAACCAACAUCUGCUAAUCCAAGUGUUCAAAAUAAUAGUGGGAAGAAAGCUACUGGAGAAGAAAGUAUAGUGAGAAAACUCAUGUUGGAUUCAUGGAAUGAAAGUAUAUUUAGUGAUAUUAAAUAUAAGUUACAGGAUAGUGCUAUGAAGUUGGUGCAUGCAGAAAGAAAUGGAGAGGCUUUUGAUUCCCAGUUAGUUAUAGGCGUUAGAGAAUCAUAUGUGAACCUCUGCUCAAAUACGGAAGAUCGACUGCAUAUUUAUAGAGAAAAUUUUGAGGCAGCCUACAUUCAAAGUACUGAUCUAUUUUAUCGCCUGAAAGCUCCGGAACAACUUGCUACUAACGGAGUACAAGCUUAUAUGCGUUAUGCAGAUGCCAAAUUGAGAGAGGAAGAAGCGAGAGCUCAAAGAUACUUAGAGGCUGGCAGCUACGCCGUAAUCCAAUGUUGCGUAAAGGUACUCGUAGGGAACGCUCUGCCAGUUUUAUUGGCCGAGUGUGCGCCUUUAAUAAAGGCCGGAGAAACUGAACGAUUGCAUUUAAUGUUUAGGUUAUUAGAACGAGUUCCAGAAGGAGUGCAACCCAUGUUGCAGGAAUUAGAGAAUCAUAUUACGCAAGCGGGACUAGCCGAUAUGGUCGCUGCUGCCGACAUCAUUACUCAGGAUUCGGAGAAGUAUGUCGAAAGGCUGUUGGAACUGUUUCGGAAAUUUAGUAAAUUGGUUCACGAUGCGUUUUCGGACGAUCCAAGAUUUUUGACAGCAAGAGAUAAAGCUUUUAAAACUGUGGUAAACGACACGACUGUCUUUAGGUUAGAACUAAGUACCGGUAGGAAUAUAGGAACAAAAGUGGUUACACCGGAAAGUAAAUGUCCAGAGUUGUUAGCGAAUUAUUGCGAUAUGUUGUUGCGAAGAACCCCGCUAUCGAAAAGGCUGACUAGUGAAGAGAUUGAAAGUAGGUUAAGAGAUGUACUUUUAGUAUUGAAAUAUGUAUCAAAUAAGGAUGUUUUUAUGCGGUAUCAUAAAGCCCAUCUUACACGGAGAUUAAUUUUGGAUGCUAGCGCCGAUAGUGAAAAAGAAGAAGACAUGGUCGAAUGGUUGCGAGAAGUUGGCAUGCCGGCCGAUUAUGUAAAUAAACUAGCCAGAAUGUUCCAAGAUAUCAAAGUCAGCGAAGAUCUUAAUGGCCAAUUCAGGACGUCGAAUGCUCGACAUGACGCCAUUAAUAUAAAAAUAUUAAAUGCUGGCGCCUGGGCUAGAGGUUCUGAGAGGGUCACCGUUAGUUUACCCGUAGAAUUAGAAGAUUAUAUUCCCGAAGUCGAAGAGUUUUAUAAGAAAAAACAUUCUGGAAGGAAGUUGCAAUGGUAUCACCAUAUGAGUAACGGAACCAUAACAUUCGCAACUGUCGGUGGCAAAUUCGACCUCGAUGUCACCACUUUUCAAAUGGCUGUACUAUUCGCAUGGAACCAAAGACCUCACGAUAAGAUUAGUUACGAAAAUCUCCGAUUAGCUACCGAGUUACCGGACGCGGAGUUACGGAGGACGUUGUGGUCUCUAGUCGCAUUUCCAAAGUUGAAACGUCAGCUGUUAUACUAUUCGCCAACGGUAACCGCCCCCAAAGAUUUCACCGAGCAUACAGUAUUUUGGGUUAAUCAAGAUUUUGCUUUAAUUAAGAAUGGAAAAUCACAGAAAAGGGGAAAGGUAAAUUUGAUAGGACGACUACAACUGAGUACCGAGAGAUCCCAAUUAGAAGAUAACCAAUCUAUAGUACAACUCAGGAUCCUUAGAACGCAAGAGGCGAUAAUAAAGAUAUUAAAAAUGCGUAAGAAAAUAUCGAACGCCGCCCUACAGGCGGAACUCGUAGAUAUUUUAAAAAACAUGUUCUUCCCUUCUAAAAAAAUGAUCAAAGAACAAUUGGAAUGGCUUAUCGAACACAAAUAUAUGCGAAGGGACGACGACGAUAUAAAUACGUUCAUUUAUAUGGCAUAACUUGUUAAUACCAACAAUUUAAACGAAUUUUGUUAUAAAUGUGUUACAUUGGGCUUCGGUUUGUGAAGAGUGAAUAGGUACAUGUGCAGAUGUUCAUGAAUAAUUUUAACUAGUAUCCGAAUAAAUAUAAAUAUUUAAGAUUUUGGUUUGGAAAACUGGUUUUCCAAAAUAUCAACGAAAUUUAUUAUUAUCACAAUUAAGUUUUAACUUCUUUUCUAAACCGACUUAUUUUUUAAUUAAAUCAGGUGCAGCAAAGUAAAAUUACGAUGUCGUCUCGCUCGUAAAUUUUACAACUUCCUAUUUUAAUGGAUUUGUUCAACCCCUUACAGCAUGAUUUUUUUAUUUUGAAAAAAAAAAUUAUGAUUACAAAAUUGACUUCAAGAUUAC